UAAAUUUCAACUAAAGUUCAUGUUGAUACUCAAAUCAUCUGUUUCCAAGUCUAAUGUAGUUGAUAAGCAAUUGAAUCUAUUUUGCAUUAAACAACCACGAUCUGCUAUCAUUAAUUAUUGGAUGAAAUGCAUACACAUCGGCCCCAUACGCCUCAUGUGAUGCGUCCAUAAAUGUAUCAAUGCAUGUUCUGGGCAUGAAAUAUGGGCUGGAAAUAUCACUCGCUAUUAUCAAAUUCGUUCACAUUUGGAUCUGGAAGGAGUAACGCAUCUAUUCCAAGACCAUGUAUAAUUAACUUUAACUUACUGCUGUUUCAGCUAAUCAUCUAACCGUACAUUAGAUUAUGCGGGGUAUAUAUCAAGACAUGUUUAUCUAAUAAAACUAUUACAUGAGCAUGUCAUAUAAUGUCAUAAUCAAACAACCAUACACUAUUGUAGACUGCUUUAAACAUGCACACUAUGACAGGUCCUGUCCUUUUGAGGAUAAUAUAUUUCUGGUGUUUAUAUAUCUGAAAAAGAACAUUUUAAGGUCUCGCGUAAAUAACAGUUUUCUGUUAAAAUUACCAAAUUGGUGGUAUAAAAAUUUUAAUCGCUUUUUGUUUGUUUGCUUGGGUGUUGUUUAACUCAGAUAUAUGACGGCGGCCUGUAAAUAAUGGAGUCUGGAUCAAACAAGGAUAGUCGCCUUUCACGGCUUGCUGAAGACCUAUAUCCUACCCGAGAUCUUCACGGUUAUUCUAGGUUCGUUCUUCUAUGAAUUCACAUAAAAUGAAAUUCAAGUUUAAUGUUAAAGCAAUACAUGUAAAACACAGGUGUUGAACCUCCUUACCUUAUUAUUUGAAUAUUUGACUUCAUGUACAGUAUUAACAUUUGUCAAAGAUCACGUGGGUUUUCCCACUACUGUGACUCCCCUUCACUACUCACAGAUGAUAUCAUUGAACUGAGCGACUUCCAGACUGUUCUACCAGGAUUCACAUCAAACGUGAACUUUACAGUCAUCUGUACGCUGUGGUGAAUAAUGAGUGGCCAGGGAAAAAGGAAGUCUACAGAAAAGUCAGAGGGCGGAUCUAAAGCAGCAGCAUUUAGUAUCAAAAGAACAGCAAUGAGCGGAAGUGCAAGGGCUUUCAACUCCAAAGUGUCCGCUGUGGAAGGAGGCAGUACUAAUUUACGUGGAGACGUAGAUGUAAAGAUCAUUGAGGAAGGCAUGACUGGCGAUGCAGUGGCUGAGAACUGCAACAUACAGGCGGCCAAGGACCACAGAACAUUCAUAGGAGGAGUUCCAGUUGGAGAUCUAGACCUCAGUGAAUCUGACCAAGCUGAAGCAAAGGAAUGCGAUCUCACAUUUGGUAAGGACACCUUUGUGCUGCUGGUAUCGGGGGCUGGAGAUGGAUAUGAAACAUUCAAGAAAGAUGUUCAGUUUAUGGAGGCCCUAUUCAUGUCUCCUUAUUUUGAAAUCAGUGAUGACAACAUUUUUAGGUAACAUUCAAGCCAGGAUUGAAGGGGAAAAUGAUCGACAAUAUCAAGACGGAAAUUGGCAAG